GACGGAGAGGAAAGACUCGGUAAUUUCCUGAACCAGUCCGAGGUUUUUUGGUGGCCGAAUGUUGGAUGGGCGACUGCCAAUUAACCUCUUCUGCCAUUGAUCCAAUAGAUGAGCGCUUCCUUCUGUUCAUCACUAGUAGCCGAAUGUCUAUUGGGUUUAGCAACAGGAAUCUGGCGUUUUGCUCCGUAUUAUGGUCAAAAGGGUGACAAAGCCACAUAUAAAGAUGGAUCCAAUUUCUGCGCUGCGGUUGUCGCCUUGCGGGUGACCACAGCAUUUCUUCUGUUUGCUUUUCCACCUAUGUUUCUCGAUGAUAGAGUCGCUGCCUCCCUCCAACAGUCUUCAAAAGCAGCACGAUUCAACAUCCACACAUUAAAGCGGCUGCAAAAGGCGGUGGCAGCGGACCCAGAAAUUGACCUGACAUCAUACUUCCCGAAGGAUUACUCCAGGCGUCUUUCUGAAAUGCGGACUCCGUUACUCCCUCCAACAAUAACGCCUAUUUCUGCUGCAACAACGUCCGAAUCAACUGAAGAAGAUAUCCGCGUGUUUCUAAGGCCUUCCGAACCCACCGCCAUUAUAUUUCCCUUGGCUGACUCAGUCCGAAGUCUGCUGGAGGAUGCAGAUAUGUCCGAAGCGCUAGUAGGGCUUAUGCGGCGCUGUGAAAUUCUCUGGAAAAGCCCAUUUCCUCGAAAGAAAAUGGUUUUCAAAUGCGAUGGAAAUAUUGUCGUCAAAGCAAUAAAGGACGGGCUGGACUACACUGAAUAUACAACACUACAGUACCUGGAAGUGCACAAGCCGAGUGUGCCUGCUCCAAGACCAUCUGGAUUACUGCGAAUGAACGAUGUCUCUUUAAUUUUUAUGACUUACACCUCCACGACAACACUGGCAGCCAUCUGGGCAGGGCUAGAUAUAUCACAGAAAAGGUCCAUUCAAGAUCAGCUCAACCAAAUCCUAGCUGAUCUAAAGUCUCUCCCACACCCUACUGGAAUUUUCUGUUCCCCUCUUUGCCCGCUCCUAUUUUCACAGAGUUUAUCGACCGGCUCAGAUACACCCGUGUUCAUCAGAAAACAGUUGGGGCGGCUAAAGGGUAUCCAGCUCUCAAGCGAACGGCGGAGCCGCGGCCACCAAGCAAUGGUUCACUUGGGAAGAAAUCGGCUCUUCUAACAGCUUCAAAAAGCUGUAUUAAGGAAAAUACUGACUUUCUAUGGCCUCUUUACCUAAUGUCUUGGGAUACUCGAAUUUCGAGAUAGCCUAACGCUACAACAAUUAUGGAGAGAUCAAUGUUUAG